ACAAAAAAAUUUCUUGGACAAAAUCCAGGGCUUAAGUCGAUGAUCUGCUAAAUAAAAUCGAAGCAAAUCGUGUUGAACUACUCCUAAUCCAGACCCUCCCCGUACCAGAAAGAAUUAGACCUUGGGGAUUUUGUUUCUCAUGAUUCAUGGUAAUAUGGAAACCUUUUUCCCGGUCAACUCCAUGUUUCAAAACCAUCAAGAUCAUGACCGCCUUCCUUCCAGCAAUAAUCCCUCUGCCCCUUGCGCGGCACAUCGUGACUUCCCUGCCAUUUCUAGUGCCCUGAUGAGGAGAUCCAUGUUGUUUUCUGGGGUUGACAUGUCUGAAGAAGCGCUGCGUCUAGAAGAUGACAUGUCAGACGACGGCGCUGCGCCACUUGGGGAGAAGAAGAAGCGGCUCAACUUGGAGCAAGUGAAGGUGCUCGAGAAAAGUUUCGAGUUGGGUAGCAAGCUUGAGCCAGAGAGGAAAAUGCAGCUAGCCAGGGCUCUGGAGUUGCAACCGAGGCAGGUCGCCAUAUGGUUCCAGAACAGGAGAGCUAGAUGGAAGACUAAGCAAAUGGAAAAAGACUAUGAGGUUUUGAAGAGACAAGUCGAAAUACUCAAGGCUGACAAUGAACUCCUCAGGAUGAUGGUUUCUGAAAUACUCAAGGUUUCUGAACUCAGGCAUUAGAGUUGGAAAAGUGAAAGUAGCUUCUCCCUCAGGAUGAUGGUUUCUGAAAUACUCAAGGCUGACAAUGAACUCAGGCUGAAAUACUCAAGGUUUCUGAACCAUUUGAUCCAAUGAUGGAGUUAACAAUUCGAUCGCUAGCUGAGCUGGAGCAUGCUUUGUCCCAAUUCUUUCUCGAAUGCAUUGAAUUGCAGUGCUUUUUCUACGCGGGUCUGCAAAAAUUGGCCAGAUCUCUCUUUUUUCAAAGAACCGUAGGUCAAGUAAUUGGGGUUUUC